GAAAGUUAAUUCUGUUUCUCUUGCCCUACUUCCGCAGAAUUAAAUAAUGCAACAACUCCAAAUGUGACAACAUCAAGCGGCAUCCAGACAUCCAGAAACACAGCGGAGAAUGCAACAACGCCUCUCCCAACAGUUUCCAACGUAACAUCACCAGUCCAAAGCCUACCAACCGCUCAUAACUUAACGUCAACGGGGAACGUUACAACUCCUUAUCCUCCAACAGCAUUACAAAAUGUUACAACGCCAUUUAGCAAUGCAGCAUCCAUAUCACUUCAAUCGCUACACAACGUUACAGCGACGGUUAACACAACCAUGAUAGAUUCACCUGGAAUUUCGAACUCAACAUCAGGAGCAAAUGUUACAAUGAACAUCACGAUGGAACACGCCGUUACCAUGGCAACUCCUGAAGACAAUGUGACGAUGACACCUACAAAUGUCACAGCCCAUGUAGCUAACGUUACAAUAACUCAUGCAAAUGUCACCAACACUCAUAUCAAUGUUACAACACCUGUAGCUGAAUUUGCAAUCAUUAUGACACAACCAAAUGUUACAACGCCUAUAGCAAACUUUACCAACAUCCACCCAAAUCUUACAACCCCUGUAGCUAACUUCACCAACACUCCUAUCAAUGUUACAACACCUACAGCACGCUUUAGGAUUACACAUGCAAAUGCUACAACGCCUAUAUCUAACUUAACCAACAUCCAUGCAAAUGUCACAACCAGUGCGGCUAACUUUACCAACGUUCAUAUCAAUGUUACAACUAACUUCGUGAUGACACAUGCAAAUGUCACAACGCCUUCAACCAAUUUAUUCAACUACACCAUGCCAGAAAAUGGCACCACGCCUAUUCCUCCACUAACUAUGUCGAACGUUACAACACCAUCCAAUGUAACUGCACCAGUCACCCCAAUACCUCUAACAAUGCCCUCCAACACAACAAAUCCAAUGAACGCGACGGAAGAAAACAAAAUAGCGGCCACUACCCCACAAGCCACUGCGCCUUCUUCCGCCCCAUCAUGCUCCACUCCUUGCCACCUCUAUGCCAGUUGUGUCCUACAACAAUCCGGGCACACGUGUGUCUGUAGCUCUGGCUACCAAGGAAACGGCGUCACCUGCAGUUUAGCUGCUCAGCAGGUGAGCCUGGAGAUGACCAUGAACCUCCCGUACACGUCAGACCUGGCGGACUCCAGCUCACAGGCCUUCAGGACUCUGGCACAGACUGUCUCCAGUAAGAUCUACAGCUAUCUGUCGAGUUCUACCAGCGGCCUUCUCAGCGUGACUGUCACCAGUUUCCGGCCCGGCAGCGUGGUGGCCGUCGUGAACGCCAACUUCCAGCAGAACGCCUCCGUCAGCUCCAGCGGGGUCCUCAACAGUCUCAAGCUGGCCAUUGCCAACGACACUGAGAAUCCACUGGGGCUGAAUACCAGCUCUAUCUCUUUGUGUCCUGUCGGUGGCUGCAGUGCAGGUGUAACAAUAGUUGCCCCAUCCUACACCUCAGCAAAAACAGCCACAAUGCCGCCUGAUGUCUUCAAUGCCACCACUCGCGGCAAUGUAAUGGUCACUGGAAAUAUGGCAACGAUGUCCAUGAAUAGAACCACGCGUUUCCCUCUAGUGUCGGACAAUGUAACAGCAGUUAUGAACGUCACAGACCGUUACAUGCCAACGUCCAAUGCAACAAUGUAUAAUACGACAGGAUUCCGCUUAACGGUCGCCAACGCAACAAUGCGCGAAAAUGCCACAACACCAAGCUACAACGUUACAGCACAAAGAAAUGCCACCAUGCGUUACAUGCCGACGUUCAACGCAACAAUGCCACAUAAUACAACAAGAUUCCCGUUAACGGUCGCCAACACAACCACUCCAUUGAUAUACAAUCGGACUCGCUUAAACGCUACAGCAAAAGGAAAUAUAACAGCCAGACCGCAUAUGACAACGCGUUCACACCUUCCUCUUAACGUGACGACGUCAGAUAACGUCACAGCUCCUCUUCAAGUCACGACGCCCAGUUCUAUCUCUACAUGCUCGACACCGUGCCAUCUGUACGCCAGCUGUGUCGCAGGGCAGUCUGGUUACACGUGCGUCUGUAGCUCUGGUUACCAAGGAAACGGCGUCACCUGUACCCUAGCUGCUCAGCAGGUGAGCCUGGAGAUGACCAUGAACCUCCCGUACACGUCAGACCUGGCGGACUCCAGCUCACAGGCCUUCAAAAGUCUGGCACAGACGGUCUCCAGUAAGAUUUUCGCUUACCUGUCGAGCUCGUCCAGCGGCCUCCUCAGCGUGACUAUCACCAGUUUCCGGCCCGGCAGCGUGGUGGCCGUCGUGAACGCCAACUUCCAGCAGAACGCCUCGGUAGACUCCAGCAGCGUGGUCAACAACCUGAAGCAGGCAGUCGCCAAUGACCCUGAUAAUCCUCUAGGGGUGGAUACAAGCUCGCUUGCAGUGUGUCCAGUUGGUGGCUGUGGUGUUGUCGUUUCAACAACACCUGUUACCAACACGACAGUGUUACCGGUGAUGCCUACAGUACGGCCAGUGAACGUCACUGGCGUCGUCCAAAACGUCACCAUGCGUCAAAACGUCACCAUGCGUCAAAACGUAAUCAACACGACAGCGUUAUCCGUGGUGCCAACCGCAAGACCACUGAACGUCACCGGCGUCGUACAAAACAUCACCAUGCGUCACAACGUGACAAACACGACAGCGUUACCGGUGGUGCCAACCGCACGGCCAUUGAAUGUCACUAACGUCAUGCAAAACGUCACCAUGCGUCACAACGUAACCAACACGACAGCGUCACCUGUGGUACCAACCGCACGACCAGUAAACGUCACCGGCGUCGUCCAAAACGUCACGAUGCGUCACAACGUAACCAACACGACAGCGUUACCCGUGGUACCAACUGCACGACCACUGAACGUCACCAUGCGUCACAACGUAACCAACACGACAGCGCUACCCGUGGUACCAACCGCACGACCAGUGAACGUCACUGGUGUCGUCCAAAACGUCACAAUGCGUCAAAACGCCACCGUCUAUAUGACAACGCGUCCACAGUUGCCUCCUAACAUGACAAGGCCAGAAAACGUCACUACGACUCUCAAAACUACCACACAAAUCUCUACAUGCCCGAUGCCGUGCCAUCUGUACGCCAGCUGUGUCGCAGGACAGUCUGGUUACACGUGCGUCUGUAGCUCUGGUUACCAAGGAGACGGCAUUACCUGUACCCUAGCUGCUCAGCAGGUCAGCCUGGAGAUGACCAUGAACCUCCCAUACACGUCAGACCUGGCGGACUCCAGCUCACAGGCCUUCAGGACUCUGGCACAGACGGUCUCCAGUAAGAUUUUCAUCUACCUGUCAAGCUCGUCCAGCGGCCUUCUCAGCGUCACUGUCACCAGUUUCCGGCCCGGCAGCGUGGUGGCCGUCGUGAACGCCAACUUCCAGCAGAACGCCUCGGUAGACUCCAGCAGCGUGGUCAACAACUUGAAGCAGGCCGUCGCCAAUGACCCUGACAAUCCUCUAGGGCUGGAUACAAGCUCACUUACAGUGUGUCCAGUUGGUGGCUGUGGUGUCGUCAUUCCAACCACAACAAUGGACAACACGACAGCGUCACUCGUGAUGCCAACCGCGCGACCACUGAACGUCACCGACGUCGUCCAAAACGUCACGAUGCGUCUAAAUGUAACCAACACGACAGCGUUACUGGUUGUGCCAACCGCACGACCAGUGAACGUCACUAUGCGUCACAACGUAACAAACACAACAGCGUUACCGGUAAUGCCUACCGCACGACCAGUGAACGUCACUGGUGUCGUCCAAAACGUCACGAUGCGUCAAAACGUAACCAACACGACAGCGUUACCGGUUGUGCCAACCGCACGACCACUGAAUGUCACGAUGCGUCAAAACGUGACCAACACGACAGCUUUACCCGUGAUGCCAACCGCACGACAAUUGAACGUCACAAUGCGUGACAACGUAACCAACACGACAGCGUUACCCAUGAUGCCAACCGCACGACCACUGAACGUCACCGACGUCAUGCAAAACGUCACUAUGCGUCACAACGUCACCGUCUCUAUGACGACGCGUCCACGUCUUCCUCUCAACAUGACGACGUCAGAAAAUGUCACGACGACUAUCCAAACUACCACACAAAGCUCUACCUGCUCGACACCGUGUCAUCUGUACGCCAGCUGUGUCUCAGGGCAGUCUGGUUACACGUGCGUCUGUAGCUCUGGUUACCAAGGAAACGGCGUCACCUGUACCCUAGCUGCCCAGCAGGUGAGCCUGGAGAUGACCAUGAACCGCCCGUACACGUCAGACCUGGCGGACUCCAGCUCACAGGCCUUCAGGACUCUGGCACAGACAGUCUCCAGUAAGAUUUUCAUCUACCUGUCGAGCUCGUCCAGCGGCCUUCUCAGCGUGACUGUCACCAGUUUCCGGCCCGGCAGCGUGGUGGCCGUCGUGAACGCCAACUUCCAGCAGAACGCCUCGGUAGACUCCAACAGCGUGGUCAACAACUUGAAGCAGGCCGUCGCCAAUGACCCUGAUAAUCCUCUAGGGGUAGAUACAAGCUCGCUUACUGUGUAAGUUGCUCGACAUUUUCU